GCAAUAUUCUAUCUACUUGAUGCGGCUGGCAUUUUGAUGAGUCUAGUAGCUCUUGGUUUUGUCUACGCGAUGGGGUGCUUCUCAUCGCUCAACCCUAGUGACAACUUGGCACGCCGACUGCAGCCCUACGCCUGCGGUCUCUGCUCAUAUUAUCCCUUGCCUAUCUUCCUUGUUCCGGGCGGAAAGCUCAUACCUUUUCAACAAGUCCUGCCUUGGAUUUUGCUGCAGUAUCAAGAUAAUUAUGUUCUAAAUUCUGGCCGAGGGCGUGGGACAAGUCAUCCCCUACAACAGGAACUAUUAGGUGAAGCGUCAAGUGCCUAUCGCUAUGUUGAUCUUUACCUGCUUGGUUCCUAAGGCAUCGCCUUCACUGUGGUUUUCUCUGGGCAUGGGCCCGGCCCCUGUGCUCUUGAACUGAUGCCCGCCAUACUGCAUUGUGACCCACACCCGGCAGCAAUCCACAAAGAUCCGCUGUAGACGACCCGAGAUUCUAAUUAUCAGAAUAGG